AUGAACAAGACAAUAGAUCUUUACGGGUAGACUAUUUUUGUCGAUAAAUAGAGCAGAUGAUAAAGGACAUUCAAAAAGACCAUUUACAAUUAGUUUCACAGAAGAGAGUAGUCCUGCUAAAAAAUUUAAUCUAAGAUAUUUGCUGGCUUAGUAAUAUGUGAAAGAGAAUAGAAAAAAAUCCUAAUUCACCUUAUAUCACAUAACUGAAAGAGACUAUUAUCAUCCAAGUUAUUUGCCUACUCGUUCUCCAGCAAAUUUAUAAAUGUAGAAUUUGAAUAAUACCACAAAAUCAAUACAAUCAAAAUAAACAUAGUUUAGUAAAUCAUUCAAUUUGAAAUGCAAAACUCUUCCUUUAAAAGAUUAAAAUUAAUAAAUGAUUUAUAAAAGAGUAGAUUUUAAAAAUAAAAUAUUAGAAAGGAUGUCCUAAAUAAGAAAUAGAAGUAUUACAUGUAAAAUACCUGAAUCAAGUUAAUAUAAAACAAUUUAAACUGAAAUUAGUUCUUAAUCUCCAUAAUAUUAAAUUAAGAAUUAAGAAAUCUAAACAUAUAGACCACCUUAAUCAAGAGUAAAUUCAUCAUUUCAAAAGUGUAAAAAGAUAUGUUUAGUGAAACCUGCAGCAUAUACUUUAGGAUUAAAUGUUGAAAAGUGUAAAAUAAUUGAUAGAUUGAAAACAAUUUCUUCAUCACCUUAAGAAAAACCUGUAAAAAUUAGGAAAUUUAAAACUAGUUUUAUAUAAGAUAUUCAAUAGAGAACGAUUAUUAAUAAAAAUAAUAUAUAAUAGAUAAAUUUUAAAAAGAAAUCUUCAGUUUCUCUUGGAAAAUGGGAAUAUUCUGAUUUUGAGAAUGAUUGA